AUGGACGGUCCGCCCAUCGUCUCUGCCGGCGGGGCUACGCCCGUCUCGCCCACGAGUCCCGUGAGCGCAAGACAUGCAAACAUCGGCCCUCCUAAGAGAAAGCGUAGUAGCAUGGCACUCGACAGUAGUCCGGGCAGCAAUGCCGGCCACGACGACGACAAUGGGGAGCCUGACUCCAAGAAACGCCAGCCGGGAGUGAAGCGCGCCUGCAAUGAGUGCCGCCAGCAGAAAUUGCGAUGCGACGUCGUCCAAGAUCCCUUCCAAAGCUGUUCGCGGUGUAAUCGUCUUAAGCUCGAUUGCAAAAUUGAGUCCAACUUCAAGCGCAUUGGCAAGCGUAGCAAGCACGCCGAGAUGGAGAAGGAGAUCGAAAGAUUGCGCCGCAACAUUGCGCGCGCCCAAAAUCAGGGCUACACUGUCGAAGACGACCAGGAGGAUCUUCAGUCCCCCAUUGCGACAAGCGUUUACACACACACGCGAAACCCUUCUCUGAUGGGUUCUGACGAGGCUGUCUCUUCGCUUCUGCACCUCAAGAGGGGAGGGUCAUACAGCUUACCACGUUACACCCAUGAGCUGGAGAAUGUGCGCUUGACCGAGGACUCGGUGAACCAGUUAUUCCACGAGUUCUUCGCAUACUACCACCCGUUUCUCCCAUUCCUCAACCCUCAACAGUCACCAGACCAGUACUUUCAACAGCACUCUCUUCUCUUCUGGUCCAUCAUUUCGGUCGCUGCCCGGCGUUAUAGCGCAGACCCGACUUUGUUGACGUCGAUAUCGGGCCCUCUAACAAGGCUGCUGUGGUCUACCAUUGGAGACGUGCCGAGCAGCUACUUCGUUGUCAAGGCUCUGUGUCUGCUGUGCACAUGGCCCUUGCCAACGAGCACAACCAGCGCUGACCCCACACAUAUUCUGUGUGGUGUCAUGAUGAAGGUCGCGACGGGCAUUGGCCUUCACAGGCCCAACCAUAGUCAAGACUUCUCCCGAGUCUCUGUGGAUCUUAACAAAGAGCAGCUACACGAUCGUGUACAGACAUGGGCUGUCUGCAACAUUGUCGCCCAAAGCAUUGGCACUGGCUACGGCCAACCGGCCUCAACACUGUACGACUGGACUUUGGCCGUCCGCCGGGGCGAGGACGGGCCUUUCCGAUUGACUCCUGAACUUGAGGCUAGACUUCAAAUUGAACGAUUCUGCGACAAGGUCUCCAAGGAAAUGUAUAGUAACGCCAGCGAUCCCAGAGGUGUUGCAGGAGACGAGCAUCGAGCCAUGUUGAUGAGAGUUUAUCGUAAGGACUUCAACGAACUGCAAGCCUCGAUUCUCUCCCAACACCUGGGCCCUAUUGCCAAUCUCCACAUGAGAGCGGCCGCUCUUCACUUGCGGCUAGCUGGCUUCUUUGAUUCAAGCACGACUCCUGGUUACAUCGAUGACUUGAUGGGUCUGUGGAGAGCAACAACAAGUUUUCUUGACAACAUUCUGGAGGUUGACAAGGUUACUUCACCUGGCCAGAACUCGCCGGGUCAGAUUCUUCUUUACGCGACAAACUACAUCCAGCAAAUGCUGAUUGCGGCUGGCUUCGCUCUGCUGAAGCUCAUGCGGUCGUUCUUUUCCAAGACAAUCGACUUUGACCGCGGCCGCAACCUCUUCCACCAAACCAUCAACGCCAUUCGUGCGACAAGUGUCGUGAACAACGAUCUCCAAUGGCGCCUAGCCGAGCUGAUGGUACAAAUGUGGAACGGAGCCCGCCUCGACAACAACAACCAGUCAUCGUUUGACAACGACGACUCUCCACUGCUCAUCGACGACACACUCCAGCUCAAGGUGCGCUGCCGCCACAGCAUGAGUCUCGUUUUCGACUCAGUCUGGCGAUGGAGAGAAGAGUACCAAGCCCAAGGCAGAGGGUCACUCGAUGCGAACGAGUCCUCGGCGUCAUCGACCCAUCUGGACAGCACACUCAUGCCGGCGACCCAAGGACUACAGGCAAACAGCAUGCUUGCGUCCAACGGCGCCCUCACUCCGGGAGCCUCUGGCGGAUUGAACAACCAAUCAUCGAAUAACAUGCUAAGCGGCAUGAACUACGGCGAGACGACAAAUUACGACUUUUUCGAUCCGCAACACUGGAUGUUGGAUGGCCUACUGGACUUCAACUACAACUUCGUCCAGCCCCUUGAGGGCGCAUAG